AUGGCAAGGUGCGGUGUUGACUGUCCACUCUGUGGUAGCACAUCAAUGUUGGUGUUACUUUUGAGAAUGAUCAAAAGUCGCACCAACAUGGCAAGGUGUUCUAUGCAGAACCCGAUGUGCCGCUGGGGAGGGGAGGCAGUGUGGCGUACGUCCUCUUUUAACCCCCAUCCCCACUUCCCCCCUCCGUCUUUCUUCCCCCUUCCCCAGGUGUUCUACGCAGAACUCGAUGUGCCGUUGGGGAGGGGGGCCGGCGCGCAGGUGUGGGUGGCGCGGGGGAGGGGGCGGAACAAGGCGGACGCGGAGAGGAACUGCUGUGUGGCAGCCUGCGAGCGCCUGCACGAGCUGGGGCUGCUCAAGGCACCUUCUUCCUCCAACCUUGCUGCCAUGGGACAGAGUGGUGGCAGUGCUGGCAUUCUGGCCAAGGAUCAGGGACAGACCCCGCGCCUCUCCCUCAAUCCAUCCGACAUCGCCCUUCUAGAGGACGUGCUCUCCGAGUUCCACUCCAGCCUGCCCAAGCCACCGUCUCUCCCUCCUCCCUCGCACUCGCCUCCUCUCCCCUCCCACCCUCCCGACUCCACCACUCAAGGCACCGGCUUGCUUCCCCGCCCUCACUCCACUGGCACUCUCCCUUUCUCCUCCUACUCCUCGCUCCCCUACCCCUCUGGUUCUGCCUCUAAAGCAGCAGCAGCAGGAGGAGGAGCAGCAGCAGCGGCAGCAGCAGCGGCGGCAGCAGCUGCAUCGGCAAUGGAUGUAUCUGGGCCAUACCCGAGGGAUCCGUACCUGGAUGAACGGUUCAGAUUGGCGGCUGAGAGGAGGAGCGUGGCACGGGAGAUGGGGGAGAGGUGGAGGGCGCGGGAGAGGCUGCCUGCGUGGAAGGAGAGGGAUGCAGUGGUGCGCAUGGUGCAGGCAAAUCCAGUGUCGCUCAUUGUUGGGGAGACUGGCUGUGGUAAAACGACGCAGCCCGCCACCUUACCCCAGCGUCUCCUACUCCUGUGCCGCGUCUCUUCCCUCGGCAGUGCGAGUCAGUUUGGGGUGGGACAUGGUGGGGUAUUGCACUAUUGCACUCCUAUAUCCUGCAAGUUGCAACUUUAUGUUGCGCUCAUUUCCCCCUUCGUCACCCCUCAUACCAACAGUGUGGCAGAGCAUGUAGCAUGGGAGAGGGGCGAGGCGUUGGGGGACAGUGUGGGGUAUCGCAUUCGGCUGGACAGCAACUCUUGGUUUCGCUCAUUCUCGUGUUACCAUAUCCCACCCCCUCCCUACAGUGUGGCAGAGCGUGUGGCAUGGGAGAGGGGCGAGGCGUUGGGGGACAGUGUGGGGUAUCGCAUUCGGCUGGACAGCAACCCGCCCAGGGCCAGAGGCAGCAUUCUCUUUUGCACUGUCGGCAUACUGCUCAGGCGAAUGCAGAGCCCAGAGGGCAUGGAGGGGGUGAGCCAUGUAGUGGUGGACGAGGUGCAUGAGCGUGACAUGGACACCGACUUCCUCCUCAUCGUGCUCAAACAGAUGCUCGCCUCCCCCGCCGUGCACUCUCGUAUCCGUGUGGUCGUUAUGAGCGCCACCAUCGAUGCAGACCUCUUCACCUCCCCCAUUCUCCUCCCGGCGUGUCCCCUUUGCCAUUGCUCUUACCAUUCCGCACCCAGCUAUUUCCACCACUGCCCCAUGCUCGCCAUCCCCGGUUCAUCCACCCUGUCUCAGUCCACUCACUCGACAACCUCCCCUCCCUCAUGGGCCGUCACGUGCCAUUGGUGCUGCGACAUGCACUACCCCCCACGGCCUGUCCUGCCGUGCUCGCUCUGCCCCCAUCCACCCACUCCUCCCAACCCCUGCACCCCCUCCAACCCCUCCAACCCCUCCAACCCCUCCCCCCCCUCCAACCCCUCCAACCCCUCCUGCUUAUUUUCGCUUUUGAGAAUUCUUAAAAGCGCCGUGCUCGCUCUGCCCCCAUCCAUCCACUCCUCCCAACCCCUCCUGCUUAUUUUCAACCCCCUUCUUUCCUCGCCCCUUCCCCUUCGCUGUUGCCCCAUCUCCUCUCCCCCCCUCUCCCCAAUUUUUCCCCCACCCAGCUACUUCCACCACUGCCCCAUGCUCACAAUCCCCGGCUUCAUCCACCCGGUCUCAGUCCACUCGCUCGACGAUCUUCCUUAUCUCAUGGGCCGCCACGUGCCAUCGGUGGUACGGCAAGCGCUGCAACCAAAGUACGGCUGUGCUGACGAGGACGAGCUCGAUGCUGAGCUGGCAGCGAGGGUCGUGGCAUGGGUGGAUGAUGAGUAUGCGAGGGAGGACGGGUCGAUUCUCUGCUUCCUGCCGGGGUGGGACACGAUAGCAGAAGCCAAGCGCCAGCUGCAGUUCCUCCCGGGAUCAUACCGCUUCCACAUCGUUAUGCUGCACUCGCAGGUGCCACCAGCGGAGCAGAGAGCAGCCUUUGACCGCCCUCCAGAGGGGAAGCGCAAGGUGAUUCUAUCGACCAACAUAGCGGAGACGAGUGUGACGAUAGACGACGUGGUGUUUGUGGUGGAUGGCGGCAAGUCCAAGGAGAAGUACUUCGAGCCCGCCAGGAACAUCUCCUCCAUGCGCGUGCAGUGGGCGUCCAAGGCGAGUGUGAAGCAGAGGCAGGGCCGAGCUGGUCGCGUGCGCCCCGGGAAAUGCUUCCGCCUCUUCACUCGCACGGUGUACGAGGCCAUGGCCCCCAACUCAGUGCCUGAGAUGCAGCGAGUGCCGCUGGAAGAAAUCUGCCUGCAAAUCAAACCCCUUCCCCUCGCAGCCGCCAUCACCUCCUACCCCUCCUCCUCCCCCUACCCCUCCUCCGCCACCGCCCAUCGCAGCACCAACAUCGGUCUCUUUCUCGCCAAGGCCCUCUCUCCCCCGGAUCCCUUUGCUGUUCGCCAUGCCAUCGAGAAUCUCCAGAGGCUGGGGGCGUUGGAUGAAGAUGAAGAGCUCACAGCCCUUGGAUCGACCCUCAGCCGGCUUGCUGUCCACCCUCGGAUCGGCAAGAUGUUGGUGUAUGGCUCCCUGCUCCACUGCCUCUCUCCUUUACUCUCUGUUGCUGCGGCCGCUUCCCUCUCUCGCGACCCGUUCCUCUCCCCCAUCACCAACCGCAACGCCGCUGAUGCUGCGCGCCGAGCCUUCGCGACAGGCUCGGCGGCGGGCAGCGACCAUCUGGCGGUGGUGAUGGCGCAUGAGGGGUGGAUGAGAGCAAACGCUGAGGGGCGGGCGAUGGGUUACUGCGAUGAGAAUUUUCUGGCGCCGUCCGGCAUGCGGCUUAUGCUGGGGCUGAAGAUGCAGAUUGAAAGGAUGCUGUGGGGGGCUGGGUUGGCUCGAUUAGGAGAGUCUCUUGAUGCUGAUCUGCCGCCUAAGGUUCAGACGCAGGGUGCUGGUGCAAGGGGCAUGGUGGGGCAGGGGAAGGAGUCAGGGGGUGGAGGGGGACGAGGGGGCAAGGCAUUGGACGACGGGGGGGUGCAUUUUCUGACGUUCAACGAGCGGGUGCAGACUUCGCAGGUGUUUAUCCGUGGCUGCACCCUCAUUCCAGCUCUCUCUAUCAUCCUCUUUGGAGGUCCUGUCCAGCUUGCCCCUACCCCGACUCCGUUUCUACCCCUGGGAGGGGCUUUUCCCUCUGGCAACCCGUAUGGUGCUGCUGCUUCUGUUGCUGCUACCUAUGGGUUUCAUCCCUCCUCCUCAUUGGCAUCUCAGCCGGUUCUGCUCAUUGUGGACCGUUGGAUCGAGUUUGUGGUGGAUCGGCACGUGGGAGAACUGCUGGUGCAGCUGCGGGCGGUGCUGGAUUCGAUUCUGGGGAGGUGGGUGGCGGGCGGGCCGCGGCCGGCCAAUGAGAGGCGAGUGGUGGGGUGUGCUGAGGUGGUGCUGGUGGUGGGGAUUGGAGGGGGGAUGGUGCUGCUGGUGGGGGGGAUUGGAGGUCUGGUGGCGCUGGUGGGGGGGAUUGGAGGUCUGGUGGCGCUGGUGGGGGGGAUUGGAGGUCUGGUGGUGCUGGUGGGGGGGACUGGAGGUCUGGUGGUGCUGGUGGGAGGGAUUGGAGGGGGGGUGGUGCUGGUGAUCGUCAUGAGCCUAGUCCUCGUGGGUAUGGUGACCGAGUCUCAAGGGAUGGGUCUGGGUAUCGAAGGUAGCCUGCUGGCGUGGAAUCCUUUAGCAGGGAUGGCAAGGACGCCGGCCUCAAGGCUAAGGUCACGUGGACUUGCCGUGAUUGCGACCGCAGCUGUCUGCCAGUUCGAGACGAAUCCCAAUGUAUCUGCGGCCACAGGCUUCGAGAGCAUCCUGGUCUGCGGACGAGCCAAAUGUGCAUGCAAGAGUUUCUUCUUCAUUCCUGCUCAAGGCGUCUGGAUCCUUCGUUGCAGAUGCAAGCAUAAGCAUGUGGAACACGAGCCAACAUCGCACAAAUGCAUCCGGCCAAAAUGCUCUUGCGACAAGUUCGAUAGCCCAUGGGUGUGCAACUGCAAUCAUCCAUGGGGUCAUCACACACAACAGACAAAUGUCCUGACAAGGCAGCAGCUCCUCAAGCAAAGGAUGGAAGACGUUGCAUCUCCAGCGCCAGAGGUUAACAAUGUGGCAGCAUUGAUGCGAGGCCUCCGGGCAUGA